UAUAGUCGCUCUUGUCGCGCAUUGCAUAAGUCUCUUUCUGGGUCACUAAGAAGUCUUAGCUGGUAUAGGGCAUUGGCAAAUAUGUAUCUUCAACUUUUGUUGUGUCCCUUGCUGGUCAGUUGGAUAAUAUUGCUACACACUUGUGGACAUUCUGCCUUGGCUGAGCAGGAGAUAGAUGGUGCAGAGCUGGCGAAGGUGGCGCUACCAUCGGAUAUUCACCGGCGUGUCAUUGGCGGCGAAUCUAUGACGAACCAAAAACUUGGGGGCUACCUGGUGGCCUUGCGUUAUCGUGGGGAAUUUAUCUGCGGCGGCACGCUGAUCAACGAUCGCAUUGUUGUCUCUGCGGCUCAUUGUUUUAUCGGACGCGGCCUCAAGAAUCAAUGGAUCAUUGAGGGCAACAUCAGUACGCUGAGCGAAACAGGCGUUAGGGUGGGCUUGGUCGAUGUCGUUAGGCCAGCAGCGUUCCGUGAGGAUGAUAUGCACAUGGAUGUGGCUGUGCUGUUGUUGCGGAAGCCCAUUAGGGGCAAGUCUAUAAACCCGCUGUCGCUGUGUAGUAAGCAUCUGCCCGCUGGAGAACAUCUCAGAGUCUCCGGUUGGGGGCUGAUCGAUCCUAAUGCUUCCACUCCACAUAUGCAUCUACGCAGCGUCGUUGUUCCGAUUCUUCAGAAGAAGCAGUGCAAGAAAACAUAUCGCGCAUCGGUGUUUCUGACGGAUAGUAUGUUCUGUGCUGGGGUGUUGGGACAAAAGGAUGCCUGCACAUUUGACUCUGGCGGUCCCAUGGUCUAUGGAAAGCAACUUUGUGGAAUUGUGUCCUUCGGCAUUGGUUGUGCCAGCCACAAAUUUCCUGGUGUCUACACUGAUGUCUACUACGUGAGACCCUUCAUAGAGAAGACGAUGGCAUCUUUGCUGAAGCGUAAAUAGAAAUCCAGCUGUUUUUGAAGCUUUUUCUCCACUGUACCCACAAAUUCCCAACAGUAUAAUAAUUUCACACUAUUCGUUUAACAUUUCAAUAAAACAAUUUUCAAAAAGAAUAAAGAAGAAGAAGGUCA